UCGGUUCCGUUAUCUAAUUUUCACGAUAGUGAGUUAUUUUGCAUCGUCUGCUAAAUAAGUCUUGAAACCACACUUCAUAUAUUUUUGCGUCCUAGACAGUCGCAAAAAUGUUUGUCUGUUUAUUCUGCGUGAUAUAUUUAAUGUGUUUUUGUGGUUCUAAUGCUUUGUCCGUUGAAGAAAGGUUAAUAAAGGUAGAACAAAUAUUGGAGCAUCAAGAGAAAAUAAUCCGGGACCAAGAAAUUACCAUUAAAAGCCACGAGAAGUAUAAUGCUGAUCUUAAAUUGCGAUUGGAAGUGAUUGAAAACGAAAUGAGAAAACAUGAAAUACUAUCAAAUUCUAAGGAAGUCACAAAUGAUAGUGGACAAAAUCAACGCGCAGAUAAUGUUGAGGAAAAUGCUGUCAACAGCGUCUUAGAUCACAAAGACAUGACGGCAACAGACGAUAUUCAAAUCACCACAUCCAGCCUAAACCGCAUAAUUAAGCGGCAAUCGAAUGGCAUUGCAUUUCAUGCUUAUUUCACAGGAAGUAAAUGCGUAAGGGAGCAUGAACUGAUUGUGUUUGAUACAGUGGAAACAGAUGAAGGCAAUGAUUACAAUCCAGUAGACGGCAUAUUUGUCGUGCCGGAAGCCGGGACGUAUGUGUUUAUGAUGACUUUGUUUUCGCCUUUUGACGAAUGGUCCGUGGUCGAUAUAGUUGUUGACGGGAAUGUAAAAGGAUGGAUAACAACAAAUGCUGAAAACGAUCAAGCAACUGGAAUCGUUGUUGUUCAUGUAAACGUGGGUACCCAUGUAUUUAUUAGAAGAAGUAAGGGCCGUGGCUGCACCAUAAAAGAUGACCUUACUCGAUCAACGUUUACAGGAUGGAAACUGUUUUAAUAACUUCUGAUACUCUGUAGAUAUUGCCUUUAUUAAAAAUAUAUUUUACGAAAUUUAUAUA